UUGCCGCCUAGAAUCGGUCAUGUCUACACCUCUUGCUAUCUGUACACCUUUCAAAUUCUAGCUGUCAUGGUGGGGGAUCGUCACAUUGUUAGCCAUGAGUGCUGAAGAAUUUCACAAGAGUAUCGAAAGCCGGGGUGCAUCAGCCAACAGUCAUGGUCAACUACUACGAAUAGCGUUCAUUUACUUAGAUGAAGCGUUGUGGGAUGGCAGAGGCGUGUUCAAUGUUAUAGAGCAACUUCACACACGCGGUUGGUCAUUUGGCCAUGGAGACUUGAGAUUCAACCGGACUCUGGACAUAUUCUAUCUCGCUCAACUAGCAGCCGCCAUGUACCGCUCCUCAGACCAGGGCGAGGGCGAGUUUGCAUCGGCAGAUGACUUUGACGAAUUCUACGCAGAGCAUCAUGAGCUACUCGACGAGAAUGCUUGGCGAAAAUACUAUUCAUCUAGUCUUCUUGCACAGCCGAUCUCGUCUCGCUUCUAUCGCCUUCCCGACCUGCGAGACCUCCCAGACUCGAGUGACCCCCUCGCGCAGCCACGCCAAGAGGGAAAUAGCCACCUAACCAAGCUUGCACGUUGGGCACACAACGUCGCGCGCACUCGCCAACGACAACAAUCCCUCCCCGUCGACACCAUCACCCAGAUAGCCCUGAGCACUCUCGAGCAGACCAUCGCACUUUUGCGAGAGGACUAUCCGAGCGUCCAGCCGUACUCGGAAACCCAAGCUCGCUUCUGGCUCAAGUACAUGAACAUGGAAUGCCCCGGCAAGCCUUCGAAGGACGCAUGGAAACACAACGAAUUUGGCACCUCCGUCGCACAGGGACGUUUCGACAUGUGGGCUUGGGAAGCACACUAUUCGCAGGAGCGAUGGGAAACUGUCAACACGCCGUAUCUUGAGCCAGACCUGGAUGGGACGCGUGAGAGCGAGGUCAACUGGUGUGGAUGGCCGGACGGCGGGGUGGGUGAGCAGGCGCGCAGCAGAGGGUGGGAGCCGGAAGUAGGGAGCGAAGAGGAGGUUGCCUUCCUAGCGGCUGUUGAAAUGAAGGAGACAGAAGGUGUGGACGUGAAAGACUUGGACUAUGGGAUACGAUCGCACGUUCUUCUUGGACUGAUGUGUUCUGCUUUUGAUGUCGACAAGGGACAGCAAGUGGAACAGAUUAAGCGUCAGCUAGUUGCUGCGGGUAGGAUUGAUGAGAGCCGGGCCGAGCAGUGGAUUCGAGAAGCGCUAAAGGUCAUGGAGCCAUACCUACGUAUGAAGGACGGAAAACCUGACUUUGAAGAGAAUAGGGAUGACAUGCUGCGUCAGAUUUUGGUGAAGAAUGGACAGCUACUUGCAAGAUGGAAGCUAUCGGGCUCUUCCAAAGAGUUCAAUUUCAAUCUUCAACCAAGGAACUAGAGCCAGCGUGCUGUCUCUGGUUUACUCUCCAGGUCUCUACAUCCCAAUGCAAUCGAUCAAUUUCUUGG